ACAAACAAAAAUACAGUUUCGCCCGUUGUAUUUUUUGCUGUAGUUUAAGAAAGCAAUAUCGUAGAAUUCAAAAUUUUUGGUUAGUUUGUUGCGUUUCAAAGCCCUCAUUCGCAUGUAUGAAAAAAGCCUUAUGUUUACAUUUGUAAGUAUCGCCCUUUUCACAAAAAAGCGUUGAUUUAUCCUAGAGGGAUUCAGCAUCGUUGCUUGAUACUACUACUGAAUAGGCAUAAGUCAUAGACGGUAAAGAAGACAGACUAUCGAGAGCUCGGCGUGUUUGAGAAAUGAAUUCUUCGCUUAAUGAAACUGCCGUAUGAAGGUAUUAAAAUUUCGAACAGCUUAUUUAUAACCACAGAUGCAAAGUCAAACCAAAUGAGCUCGGUUUGUUUUCCUCACGAAAUACCUAUCCUAAAAGGGUUUGUGCAGUGCAUUUUUUAUGUUUUCCUCACGAAAUAAUUCGGCACCAUUAUGUUUUUCAUGGGAAUAAAGGUCAAUGGUCCUAUACCUAGUACACUAACAUGUCGACAUUGGAAGGCUGAUACAACACAUCAGACUACAGCGGGCUUGGCAUGUGGUGCGAAUGCCUGAAGAAAGACUACCUAUGCUCAACAGAGAAUAUAAGAGUAUGGGGAUUCGGGAUAGACCUUGCUGGCUGUGUGUAAACGAGAAAAUUGCGCGUGCUGUGGGUGGAAACAGGUGACCAAAUGUCGGGUUUAGGGACAAAAUGUCGAAAGGACAAAUGGUCGAAAAGGACAAUAGGUCGAAAAGACGAAAGGCCGAAAGAGACAAAAGGUCGAAGAGACAAAACGUCGAAAGGGACAAAACAUCGAAAGGAUACAAUAUUGAAAGUCAUUAGACGUAAGGGAACAAUAAGACUUUUUUACGCUGCUUCUUAUUCCAUCGCAGUUUUUUUUAACAUAGAUUUUUCAUUAGAAGCAUAACUGAGGGCAAACAACCAAGACAAUCAAUUACUGUUUUCUACUGUCUGUUGUUUUUCAAGUCCAGUUGAUUAAUAUCUAUGUAUUUAUAUUUGCUUAGUUCGUUACUGUCUUGUGUUUAAGUGGAGUUGUUCAAUACUCACCUCUAAUUCUCCAAUACGAACCUGAAAUGAAAAUGAAAUUUUAUGUUUUGUAUAUACUUGUAAAUACUUACCUAGAUUUAAGAAUAAGUGAACUAAACUAACCCUAGAAACAAAUGCAAUGUAAAGAUACUUACCAUAAGAUUCACACUUCAAACCCGUUGUGCGAGCAUAAGGCAGGAAUGGAUUCUGCAUCACAAAACCGCUGUCAAUCAGCUGUACCAUAAAACAGACGACGAAUGUAAACAAACAACAUAGAACAAUAAACAGAUAAUUAAAAGCAAUCAGUGGUGUCGGUCGCAGAAAAAUCAAUCGAAGUUCGUUUUUAUUUCGCGAUAUCCCAAGUUCCCUACAAACCCGUUAUACUCGCGCGCGAUCUCCAGCGGAAGGUGCAGUGGAUGCAGAAGAAAGUCCUGAUCCAGCAGGUGAAAAUAGGAGAAAAGUGUUUCGAAAAGAUCCAAAAGUGAGAAGAGUAGCGAAGUGCGUGAACAUAAAUUUGGUCCUUCGAGCCGGAUCUUGAAGAAAAGUGCCCGCGAGUGAACAGGAAACUGCCCAGAAUAGGCAAAAAGUGAACUAAAGGUGCCCAGAAGAGGCAAAAGGUGAUUGUAAAUUGCCCAGAAUAGGCGAAAAAAUCGCAAAGAACGGCCCCGCUGAAGACGGGUAAAGCCAGAAAAAGUGCGCGAAAGGUGAUUUUCGGUAGCGUCCCCAAGCGGCAAACUAGCCAUUUUACGCGGUAGUGCAAACAAAACCGCAUAGUGUUCCCUCCAAGAAUCCACCAUCGCAGAAUAUUUACAUCGUUACAACGAGUAGUGCGUGCGAGACACAGCCAGCUGACGAUAGCGUAGGUAGUGUGCAUUGUUUACCUACUGCCUGAACGGAGCGCGCCGUGCUGGAACAUAAAGAUUUCUGAAGGAAUAUUUUCAAAAAAGUUUUUAAGUUUCGCGGUGAAAUUUUUAUUUUGCAAAUUGACUGUUCGGGUGCAUUUUGGAUUCUUGGAGGUUGAAAAGUGCGUGAGUGAACGGGAAUACGGCGCUACCGAAGAAGAAAAUGGCCGACGAGAGGAAAUUCAGUGAGUUGGAGCUGACGAAGCAGAAUAUUGUCGAUUCAAUGGCUUUGUUGGAAUAUUAUGCGAAGGAGUUCGACAAGGACAGUAAGUUUGCGGGCCAAGUAGAAGCGUGGGCGGAAAAGUUGGAGAAAUUUUACGACGAGUUUCACCGGACGGUGGUGAAAUUGGAGAUGUUUUCCACCGAUAAGAAGCCAAUCGACCUGAAAAAGGAACGGCAGUUGUUCGACGGUCGCUAUUAUGCUCUUCGGUCCUUCUACUUGGCCAAACUGGCGAAGAAAAUACGUUCUCCCCCUUCUGCCAACCCCGCACCAUCGAGACCAAUGAACAUCAGGCUUCCGGAGCUUAACCUACCCAAGUUUAGCGGUAAGUUGGAAGACUGGUGUGUUUUUCGCGAUUCGUUUGAAUCCGCUGUAGGUUCCCGGAGCGACAUCAGUGCGGUCGAGAAGAUGCACUAUCUGAAGGGCCUCGUUCAAGGAGAGGCAGCGCGCAUUCUCGACCCUAUCAAAAUAAGCGAGCAGGGCUACAAGGACGCUUGGCGAACGUUGCGGCUGCGUUUUGAGAACAACCGGCAGUUAAUCAAGUGUCACAUUCGGACGCUUUUCGACACUCCAGUGAUGCGCAAGGAAUCAGCUGAAGAUCUGCUUGCGCUGAUCGAUCGCUUCGAGCAGCAGAUAUCCGUUCUGAAGAGCUUGGGUGAACCAGCCGACCGAUGGAGCUCUAUCCUGGUUUACCAGCUAUCUAUACGCCUCGAUCCUUGUACGCUCCGGGAAUGGGAGAACCACUGUAGCAAACUCGAUGCUGACAACAUCGCUUCGGUUCUGGGAGGAACCGCCGGCACAUCAGAGGACACAAGCACUGGUGCGUCAACUUCAAUGCCAUCAUACGUGACGAUGGUAAACUUCCUCCAGAACUACGCUCGAGUUUUGCAAGCAGUUUCUUCAGCCACUUCGAACACCGCUCCUCCUCGCAGCAAGCCAAAUCCGACAUCCAAGCUAGCAGCCUUUCCAGUCGCAGCUACACAGCAAACUGCAGUAUCCAGUACACCCUCUUCCAGCGCCAGCAAGCCGAAGCCGUGCGACAAGUGCGGUGAGAGUCACUACCUGUACAGCUGUCCGGAAUUUCGGAAACUCAACCUUCGCCAACGGAUAGAUCUGGUAAGACAGAAAAACCUUUGCAUUAACUGUUUGAGAUCGAGUUCCCAUUAUGCCCGGAACUGUUCUGGGUCAAGAUGCCGUACAUGUACCAAGAAGCACCACACGCUUCUUCAUACUGAGCCCUCUGACGACAAUCCCGCUUCUGGUCAAGCCACCGGAUCAACUUGCUGUGUUGCCCUCCAGCCGACUCUCACCGCAGCAUCUGCGCUGCAUGCUCCAAACUCACUGUCACCCCAGUCUGUUUCGCAAGCUCCCAUCCAGCAACCGUCUACCUCUACCUCAAUCGCAAACUUAUCCCACAUUCAUGCGCCUUCCAUGAGUUCUCAGACUGCCCUCGUAUCACAUACUGGUGAAGUGAUUCCUGGAACCGUUUUCCUUCCGACUGCGCUAGUGAACAUCCGUAACGGUAGAGGUCGCAUCGUCACUGCUCGUUGCUUGCUGGACUGUGCUUCCCAACGCAACUUUGUUUCUGGGGCUCUUUGCGAACGACUGCAGCUUCCUCGCAUCCGAUUGCCGCAUGCUAUCCCGAUAAGCGGAAUCGGAAACACUACAACGCUGGUUGAAUACCAGGCCACGAUAACCAUCUUCUCUCGAGUCACUCCCUUCUCCGUACAAUGCUCCAUGCUCGUUCUGCCUUCCAUUACCGUCAAGCUGCCCCAGUCGACGAUAGAAGCCCGCCACUGGCCGAUUCCAAAGCACGUGGAGCUUGCAGAUCCAACAUUCGCUGUUACUGGCGACAUCGACAUGAUUCUGGGUGCCGCCCAUUUCUUCCAAAUUCUUCGAUACGGCAGGAUAUCGCUCGGGGAAGAGUUACCGCUUCUGCAGAACACAGAGUUCGGUUGGGUCGUCUCCGGAGAGUGUUUAUUGGAAAACCACGAUCACAGCGAUCCACGCAAGUGCCAGUUCAGUAAUCCCUGCACAAUCGAUGAAUUGGUCAACCGAUUCUGGCAGCUCGAAGAAGUCCACGAUGCAAAGGGAUGGUCUCCGUCGGAACGAUACUGUGAGGAACAUUUCUUGAAGAACACCACCCGCAACUCCGAAGGCCGCUACGUCGUCAAGCUGCCCAAGCGUGACGAGCUGCUUUGGCAGUUAAAGGACAACAAAUACAACACCACCCGCCGCUUCUUCUCUCUACAACGCUCACUCGGUGCGAGUCCCGAUAAGAAGGCGAUGUAUCAGCAGUUCAUCCACGAGUACGUGAGAUUGGGACAUAUGCGGGAGAUUGGCCCCGAUGAAAUCGACGCGCAACCGCAAUACUACCUUCCACACCACGCUGUGAUGAAACUCGACAGCACCACUACAAAGCUUCGUACCGUAUUCGACGCAUCAUGCCGCUCGAAGUCCGGUAUCUCGCUGAACGAUGUCCUGCUUCUUGGUCCCACAAUCCAGGACACUCUCGUGACGAUUGUCCUCCGUUUUCGAAUCCACCAGUUCGUGAUAUCUGCGGACAUUGAAAAAAUGUACCGGCAGAUUUUGGUCCAUCCCACCGACCAACCGCUGCAGCGAAUUCUCUGGCGCGACGAUCCCGAGGCUCCACUGAAGAGCUACCAGCUCCGCACCGUCACAUACGGCACAAGCAGUGCUCCAUUUUUGGCAACUAGGGUGCUGCAGAAGCUCGCCGAUGAUGAAGGGCAACAUUUUCCGCUGGCGGAACCCGCUGUCCGCCACGACUUCUACGUCGACAAUUUGCUGUCCGGUUCUGACGAUGCUGAAUCUCUCGCCGUUACCUGCAACCAGCUCAUUGCAAUGCUCGCCUGCGCAGGACUUCCUCUCCGACAAUGGUCUUCGAAUUGUCAAGCUAUUCUUGAUACCAUUCCGUUGGAGCUCCGAGAGACGAAAACACUACUCGAUUUGGACCACGAGUCCUCCGUGACUGCACUUGGCCUCCGCUGGGAACCGUCGACCGAUUUUCUUUCGUUCAAGACGCCGAAUUGGAAGGAAUGCACGGUUCUGAACAAACGAACGAUCCUCUCUCAGAUCAGCAGUCUUUUCGACCCCUUAGGUUUGAUUGGACCGACCAUUGCAAAGGCGAAAAUCAUGCUGCAGAGUCUUUGGAAACUCCAUCUCGACUGGGACACACCCGUGGCUAACGGAUUCGCUCACGAAUGGCAGGAAUUUCACCAGAAGCUUUCAGCACUUGCCCACCUUCGAGUUUUUCGCCAUGUGUUACGUCCGGGUUACGACCGCUUGGAGAUUCACGGGUUCAGCGACGCUUCAGAGUCUGCAUAUGGCGCAUGCAUCUAUCUCCGGUCAAUACCUGCCGAGGGCCCUUGUACAGUUCGCCUGGUGAUUUCUAAGUCCAAGGUCGCUCCGAUGGGGACUCAAACCAUUCCACGCCUCGUGCUAUGCGCAGCUCAACUCCUGUCCAGACUUCUUAAACAAGUUCAGGACAGCAUCGACAUAACCGCCACCACAUAUCUAUGGACCGAUUCUUCCAUCGUCUUGAACUGGAUAUCCGCAACUCCAUCGACAUGGAAGACGUUCGUAGCCAACCGAGUGGCUGAAAUCCAAGAGCUGACGUCUCACGCCGUUUGGAAUCACGUCCCAUCCGAAGACAAUCCCGCCGAUCUCGUUUCUCGAGGAAUGGACCUCGAUGAACUCCUCGCUAGUGCACUGUGGUGGAACGGACCGCAGUGGCUAAAACCAAUAUUCGCUCCUUGGCCAGCGAAGUACGUCGUCGUAGCGACCUCAAACUUAGACCAACCGGAGGUCCGACAGACUAUUGCCCUUCCGGUCGUGAGCGUAGAACCGUCAGAUAUCGUCGAUCGCUAUUCCAAUCUUCGUCAGCUACUUCGGAUCGGCACACUUCUUCGGCGUUUCGCCGCUAACUGCCUUCACCGGAAGAAUCACCAACCAAUUCUUGUCGGCCCGUUGACGGCUCUUGACAUUGAUCGCACUCUGCUCAAUCUGGUCCGUCGCAUACAACAGCAGUACUUUGCCAACGAGAUACGCCAACUUGAAACCGUCGGAAAAGUAAACCGUAAAUCCAAGCUACGGUAUCUGCACCCGACACUCGUAGACGGCAUUAUUCGUGUCGGCGGCCGGCUUCACAAUGCUGCAAUACCUGUCGACGGAAGACACCCGAUCGUCCUCCCCAAACAUCGUCUCACCGACAUGAUCGCCACGAGAGAACACCAUAAGACGCUCCAUGCCGGUCCCAGCUUACUACUAUCCUCGUUGCGCCAAAGAUUUUGGCCCCUCGGCGGACGGAACUUGGUUCGCAACAUUGUUCACGGCUGCAUGGUAUGCGCACGUGCCAAACCCAAGCCGUUGCAGCAGCUGAUGGGGGAUCUGCCAUCUGUUCGGGUCAACCAGGCGUACCCGUUUCAGAAUGUUGGCGUUGACUUGGCUGGGCCAAUGUACGUGAGAACGUCACUCCGAAAUAAGAGAUCGCCAUUCUUCAAAGCCUACAUCACCGUAUACGUAUGUAUGGCUACCAAAGCCGUGCACUUGGACCUUGUGUCGGAUCUGACCACUGGCACAUUCAUUGCGAGCCUGCGAAGAUUCGUCGGCCGUAGAGGAAAGCCUGCGCAUAUCUACUGCGAUAACGCCACGAACUUUGUUGGAGCACAUCGAGAACUGGAAGAACUGCGGAAGCUUUUCCGAACUCAAGUUCACCAAGAUGCCGUAGCAAACGAAUGCGCAGACAACGGAAUACAGUUCCACUUCAUCCCACCUCGCUCUCCCACAUUCGGUGGAAUCUGGGAAGCCUGCGUGAAAUCCGUGAAGACCCUGCUUCGCAAAAUCCUCGGAAAUGCUCACCUAACCGAAUCCGAGCUGCAAACCGCAUUGAUUCAGGUCGAGUCAAUGCUAAACUCUCGCCCAAUCACGCCGUUGCCGGACAAUCCAUCCGAUGAGCUGGCUCUGACUCCAGGACAUUUCCUGAUUGGUCGUCCGUUGAAUGCGGUACCUGAUCCAGAUUGCCGUGAAGUUCCUGAAUCCAGGUUGUCUCGAUGGGAACGAGUACAACAGCUAACUCAGCACUUCUGGAGUCGUUGGCACAAGGAGUAUCUCGCCACCCUGCAAAGUCGCUACCGCUGGACAGAAGCCAUGGACAAUCUAGCCGUUGGUUCCAUCGUCGCUCUCAAAGAUGAGAGAGCACCGCCGUUGAAAUGGCCCCUGGGACGCGUGCUCAGCGUUCAUCCCGGCCCUGACGGCCUUGUUCGUGUCGCCACUGUGAAGUCGACCUUCGGCAUCGUUCAACGCGCCAUCCCGAAGCUCUGCUUACUUCCAAUUGAAGUUGCGCCACCCAUCGUAGCACAGAGUCCCGCACCAAUUAGCAGCCCUACGUCAACAACGCCAAAGGAAGGCCCUUGCUCAGGGAACCGAGCCGCCGGACGAGAUCCCGGCCCUUGCUCAGGGAACAGAGCCGCCGGACGAGAUCCCGGCCCUUGCUCAGGGUACAGAGCCGCCGGACGAGCUCCCGGCCCCUACUCGGGGAAAUGAGUCGCCAGACGAGAUCCUGGCCCAAGCUCGGGGGUAUCGAGCGGUUCGUGGUUCACCUGUAAAGAACCAAGCCUCGCCGUGUGGGUUCCUAGAACCCCCGGCUGGGACUUGACUCAAGUUAAGUACCCCAUCCUAAUUUGUCAAACCAACAGUUCGCGUACAGAUGUUCCUCCUUUACAGCACACCACUCCCGGACAGUAUCUUGCAGUCGGACCCGACGCACCUCGAAAAAUCAUCCUGGAAGCUGUAAGAAGGCCUGUACCGACAAGACGAAUCCAGAUCUUCAUAUCCCGUUGAACGUCAGUCAUCGCAAGAAGCUCGAACUUCCGCCGCUAAUGCCCGUUGAAUUCCUUAAAAUUUCAUUGGCGGCCGGAAUGUUCAAUACUCACCUCUAAUUCUCCAAUACGAACCUGAAAUGAAAAUGAAAUUUUAUGUUUUGUAUAUACUUGUAAAUACUUACCUAGAUUUAAGAAUAAGUGAACUAAACUAACCCUAGAAACAAAUGCAAUGUAAAGAUACUUACCAUAAGAUUCACACUUCAAACCCGUUGUGCGAGCAUAAGGCAGGAAUGGAUUCUGCAUCACAAAACCGCUGUCAAUCAGCUGUACCAUAAAACAGACGACGAAUGUAAACAAACAACAUAGAACAAUAAACAGAUAAUUAAAAGCAAUCAGUGGUGUCGGUCGCAGAAAAAUCAAUCGAAGUUCGUUUUUAUUUCGCGAUAUCCCAAGUUCCCUACAAACCCGUUAUACUCGCGCGCGAUCUCCAGCGGAAGGUGCAGUGGAUGCAGAAGAAAGUCCUGAUCCAGCAGGUGAAAAUAGGAGAAAAGUGUUUCGAAAAGAUCCAAAAGUGAGAAGAGUAGCGAAGUGCG